UUUCUUUAACCAUGUUAAAGUCCACAUUAGCUUUACGGUGCUCAUGCAUUCGUUGCUAGCCGCAGUCAUCAACCUUCCACUAUACUAACGUUACGGCAGAUUGUUUCGUCGUGCUCCUGUCUCUUCCUGGCACGUGGAUACUCUAUGGAUGUUUUUCUUAAUAUUUUUUUGCACUCUGCUUUCUGCCCUGAUUAAAUUCGAUAUUACGUCACAGGAUUUAGACACCAAACGUCUAUUAUAUCCAGAAAAUGACGCCAGCGUUGACAAGAUAACCGUCACAAAGAGUUUUAAUUUGGAAUCCUGCACCUGGGAUGAUUCUCCCUCUUAUGCUGCGUUAUUUGGACUGCAACAAAACAUCUGCUUCUUCAGUCAUGCAAACUCCAAGCAGGUUGCAAGUCAAUUCAUCUCCGAGGCGACCCCACGUGCUGAUAAUUUAAAACUAGUGGAAACUAAUGUACGAACUAGUACCGAAGAACGGGAUUCACUAGUCAACCUGCCGCCUUUGGAAGACGCUGCUGUUGGAGACAUGGAGCAAAAUCCAAUUCCUACCUUUAAUGAGUUCCACGCCAUGCUUUCUGAAGUUUCCAUUUUUCGAUUAUAUUCCCAAACAGAAUCCUUCUUCCAAAUUGGUUUUCCGGAGUGCUUUUGGUGA